CGGCACUCAUCACGUCGGCCAUUUUGUGAGUGUACCUCUAUCAAGAUAUUUGUGUUGAGUGGCUGUUGGGGAAAAAUCUAAUGAUUUAGUUAACUGUAGAUUCACUUGGUCUUUUAAUUACAUGUGCUAAGUGCUAGAUAUAUAUUCAAUCGUUAUUUAGAUCCUUACGAUGGAGGAAAAAGCGUCUCUCAAGGAGCUUGACCAGUGGAUAGAACAGUUAAAUGACUGCAAACAACUGACAGAAAGCCAAGUAAAAACUCUUUGCGACAAGGCAAAAGAAAUUUUGACAAAGGAAUCUAACGUUCAGGAAGUGAAAUGUCCAGUAACCGUGUGUGGAGAUGUUCAUGGACAAUUCCACGACCUGAUGGAAUUAUUCAGAAUAGGUGGAAAAUCACCAGAUACAAACUACCUGUUCAUGGGUGAUUAUGUUGACAGAGGCUAUUAUUCUGUUGAAACUGUAACUCUCCUAGUGGCACUUAAGGUGAGGUAUCGAGAAAGAAUAACCAUUCUAAGGGGGAAUCAUGAGUCGAGGCAAAUCACACAAGUUUACGGAUUUUACGAUGAAUGUUUGCGAAAAUAUGGAAACGCUAAUGUGUGGAAAUUUUUUACUGAUUUAUUUGAUUACCUGCCCUUGACUGCGCUGGUCGACGGUCAAAUCUUCUGUUUGCACGGUGGUCUUUCACCUUCCAUUGAUACCUUGGAUCACAUUCGUGCAUUGGACCGCCUCCAAGAAGUGCCACAUGAGGGACCAAUGUGUGACCUUUUAUGGUCUGACCCAGAUGAUCGAGGAGGAUGGGGUAUUUCACCGCGUGGAGCAGGUUAUACCUUUGGUCAGGACAUUUCCGAAACGUUUAAUCAUUCAAAUGGCCUGACCCUUGUAUCGCGAGCUCAUCAACUUGUCAUGGAAGGCUAUAAUUGGUGUCAUGAUCGUAAUGUCGUGACAAUAUUUUCUGCACCAAAUUAUUGUUAUCGUUGUGGAAAUCAAGCUGCGAUUAUGGAACUGGAUGAUGCUUUGAAAUAUUCAUUCCUUCAAUUUGAUCCUGCACCUCGGCGUGGUGAGCCCCACGUUACUAGGCGGACACCAGAUUAUUUCCUGUAAGAUGUUCAAUCCGAGGGAGAUAGAUUUUAAGGUAGGGGAAUGGAAAGAUGCUGUUGUUAUAGUGAUGCCAUUUAUCAUAAUCUUUAUGAAAAUCAUAAGACGUGUAAGAUAUGAAAACAAUUCUUAUACGUAACUUAUCAAUUUCGAGUAUUGUAUCGUGGCUCACAUUGCAGUAUCUCUUUCAAACGAAAAUAUGCGCCUGUGUGCGUUUUCAUACACACGCAUUAGCAUGUAGACACACGACAAUUGUACACAUAAGUAUACCUACAAUAUUGUACACAUCUAUCAAUUAAAUUCACUGAGAAUACUAAAUUUGUGAAUCGCAAUGGAUCGCUUGUAUUUUUAUUGAAGACAAAUGAAUACAAAGUAUGUCAAUGUAAAGCAUUGUUAUAUAUGCUAAAUAACUACGAAAUUAUUACCAAUAUUUGGAUAAACAUUUACUAGUUCUCAACUAUAUAAAAAUAACCAUUGUAAUAAUAAAAAAAAAAAACAAAAUAAUUGGAAUAUCUACAAUUAUUUAAGGAUGAAAGACAUGCUCUUGUACGUGUCAGCUGAUCCACAAGUUGAAUUCUUUGUAGUUUAUAUAAUUCAUCUUGGUGUAAUUGUAUAAGUGAAUAAUAAUGAAACAUUACAAACGAGUCGGUGAAGAAACAAAGGGUUGAUGCAAUAGUGAGUUGACCCAAACUAUCAAUGAAUGAAAACAAAAUACAUUUUAUAAAUCACAAAGUAUCAAAGCUUGAUAAUAAGAGCUAUAAAAAACUUUGUAGAUAUAAAUUUCAUCUAUCGAUCUUUAAAAACAAAUAUACAGAGACUUCAGAAUAAAUUAUCAAUUGUUGAAGUUAAACUCUGUAAUAGUUACAACAACAUCAUACUUCCUAAUUUUUUUCUUUACUCAUGCCAGUACUAUUUAUCUUUAGUAAAGUAAUCAUUUUUAUCUGUACUUUUUGUAUAAAAAAAAUUCACUUGUUAAGUGAUAACUAAUUUAAUCUUAUAAAAAAUGCACUUCCUAAUCUCAAAUAAAAAUUUUUUAAAUAUCUGUAAACACUUUUGCAUCAAGCCUUCAUAUAAAAAUACUGGCAUCCACAGCAGUUACGUUGAUUUUCAAUUGUUCAUAAAUGAUUAUUGACGACCUUUUUACUAAUGAGAAUAAAAAAUGAUGCUUCUGAUGAAUAAAAAAAAUAUGUAAUACAAGCCAAACCAAUCUUUGUCAUGUUGUGUCAAAUUAUUCAUUAAAAUUGAAAAGAAAAUAACGGAAUGAAAAAACAUUGGCAUUGUAAACAUAAACAUCCAUCCACACAAGAGAUUUAUUCAUAGACAUAAGCAUGCAUAAUAAUUAACUACAUUAAUAUUUCUAGAGUGGCUUUAAAAUAGGUAUUAUCACAUGAACGAUGAAGCGAACGUGAAAUGUGUAGAUGCGCGUUGUAGUAAAUUGUAAAUUAAUCAGUAACAGGAGUUGUAAAGUAUCCUGAGCAUGGAUCAUCGUCACUCUAGACGGUGAUGAGCAUUUUUUUUCUUUUUUUCAUUUUAUAUUAUAAUCUACACAUGUUGAAUCAUAUUGAUAAGAAUAAAGUUUUCGUAUAAAAAAAGAAGA